AUGGAUGAAGUGGAAGUGUCAGCAACAGGAUUCUUGAAACGUGACGAUGAGCUCACCACAGCCUUGGCACGCUGGCAUGGUGCAAGUGCCAAGAACUUCCAGAACAUGGACUGUGUGGAUUCCAUUGACAAACUGACAGCGCCCUGUAUUCAAUUCAUGCCAAGCGAGCCGCUGAGGUCCCAUGGGUUGAAGGACUUAAGCGCCAGCUGCUCCUCCAGAGUUAGCAAUUGGCUGAGAGCGUGGAAAGUGGAGACCAAUCAACCAUGCGUCACAACGGGCAUGAUUGUGCCUGCUGGAGGAGGACAUUGA